UGUUCUUCACUUGCUUUACUUUCCGAAAAUGGGGAUCACAGAUUACAUUUUUUCAACAACAAACGCACUCAAUCAAAAUGCAAUUAAACCACUCUACUCUCUAUGCUGCUUCUCUUUUUCUUCCGGUUGUACCGCCGCUACCGUGAUCGGCGCCGCCUCAUACUCCGCAGCUGCCGUGAUCGGCUCCACCACUUACUCGUACGGCUCUGCUGCUGCUGCCAAGAUCAGCAACUCAAUCAAAGGUGACCAUGCAGUUCAAAAGCUAACCCAGCAAUUGCAUGACCAGGAUUCUCGGUCCAAGAUGACCCAGUUUGCUACCAGCUGUGCCAAAAACGCUGCCGUUUUUACCUGCCGCGAGGGUCUUAAAACUGUCCCUCGCGGAGGGCCGAUUGUUGAGAUUGUGUCGCGGUCCCUGCCUGGUAGCAAGAAAUCGGAGAAUCAUAAAACAGAAGAAGUGAAUGCCUUAAGAUCUGAAAUAAGGGAAUUGCAAGCUGUGGUACACAAAAUGGGGAAAGAACAGAGCAAUGCCAAAGAAGAGCUUAAUCAAGCCGAGGCUCAUGAGCUGCAUACAUAUGCGGAACUCGAAUUUAAUAAACAUGAAGCGUAUAGAAACCAAGCAGCAGCAAUCCGAUUUCUCAUGGUGAAGAAUCUGCAGAAAAAGGAAAAUAAACAACCGGCGGAAUAUCUACAAGAAAUGUUGAUGAGAGGGUUCGUCGGUACUCAUGUCAUUAACGAUCUUAACGAGAUAAAGGAAUGCCCCCGAACCAAACCGAGCCGCAUGACAGAAGACUGAGAUGAGGACUAAUUUGUUGAGAUUGAAGAGAUGAUUGUAGUUGGUUUAGGCUGUGUUGUUGUCCUUGAAGAAGCUACCUCUAUGUUAUUAGAUUAUUAGUUAGUCUGCUAAGUUUGUGUUAUUAUGUACAAGUAUGUGUAAUAGCUAAUGCCAUAUGUGGAUUGAAUCUGUAGUACUUAUAAUAUUAUUUAGUUAGUUUGCUAA